UCUGAUACAACAACUGCAUUAACUAAAUCACUCUAUAAAUUAACCUUCCUUCAUUUGUCUAAUCUAAUAAAAAACAAUUCCAAAUUACAAAAUACUAAACCUUAAUGGCAGUAAUCCGAGAGCGAAGGCUCCCAUACCAAACUCUAACACUCGAACUCCCGAUCCCAACCUCCACCAUUGCUGCCCGCCCUCUAGAUUGCUGCCCGCCCUCAGUCCUAAAUCCUCCCCCGCGGCCCUUCCUCUCCGAUUUGGACAAGAUCAAGAUUCUCGGCCAUGGUAACAGUGGGAAUGUUUACCUGGUUCGUCAUCGCCUUACAGGCGUCCUCUAUGCUCUCAAAACUCUCUCCGCCAAUGAAUCCAUCCGCCGCCGGCAGAUUUCCCGCGAGAUCGACAUCCAUCGAUUUGCAGAUUCCCCCACCAUCGUCCGCUGCGAUGACGUCUUCUCCACCCCUUCCGGCGACAUUGCCCUGCUACUUGAGUACAUGGACAUAGGAUCCCUCGAAUCUCUCCUUCACGCUCGUGGUAGACGCCCCUUCACGGAAGCCGCAAUAGCCGCAAUCUCCCGUCAGGUUCUUCUUGGCCUCUCCUACCUACAUUCUCACCAGAUUGUGCACCGCGACAUUAAGCCAGGCAACCUUCUCGUCAACGCCGCCGGUGAGAUCAAGAUCGCCGACUUCGGGGUUAGCAAGAUUAUUCACCAAUCAUUCGACACCUGUGUCUCAUACGUCGGUACCUCAGCUUAUAUGAGUCCGGAAAGGUUCGAUCCGGAGUCCUAUGGGGGAAACUACGACGCUUUCGCGGCCGAUGUAUGGAGUUUGGGGCUUACCGUGCUCGAGCUCCGCCUCGGCCACUUUCCUCUGCUUUCUCCAGGGCAGCGGCCUGAUUGGGCGACGCUGAUGUGUGCGAUUUGCUUUAGCGAAAUGCCUGAGAUGCCGGAUACGGUCUCGGGCGACUUCCGGGACUUCAUAUCACGAUGUUUGCAGAAGGAAUCGAGGAAACGGUGGACAGUUGAGCAGCUUCUUGCUCAUCCUUUCGUUGUCAAUCGGGACCAGACGCAGUCGGGUCGGGCUUUCUGCGAGCUCAUAUCUUCUUUCCGGACGACGGAGUAAUGUGAGGGAAAAAAA